AUGUUCCCGUCAGUUCUCAAAAACAACCACCUCGGGCGAUACUUUACCCCUCGUCUCGCGGGUGCGGUGGGGCUCAUCAGCCUGUCGACACUGAACUAUGGAUUCGACAAUCAAGGAAUCGCGACCAGCCAAGCAAUGGCAGCUUACAAAAGGCAGUUUGGUGUCUAUGAUCCAAGUACGAAGACAUGGGCGAUACCAACAUACUGGACAUCUCUUUUGAAUAGCCUGAAUUUUAUCGGUUUCGCAGUCGGAUUGUAUAUCGGUAGUGUGAUCAGCGCUCGAUAUGGUCGUCGCAUGUCAAUGUUUUUUAUGUCCCUCUGGGCGAUGAUGUCUGCCACCGUGCUCAUUAGCUCCAGUCGGAUUGAACAAGUGCUUGCUGGUCGCAUCCUGAAUUACGCUUACGUUGGUAUGGAGUUGGCAACCUGCCCACCAUUUCAAGCCGAGAUUAUUCCAGCUCCUAUUCGCGGCUUCGCAGUAGGCACCUACCAAGCUAGCCUGUUGGUCGGGGGCAUCAUCAUCAAUAGUGUGUGCCUGGGCACAAAUCAGAUGUCAAGCAAUGCGGCAUGGAGAAUUCCCCAGGGUCUUUUCUACGUGGUCCCAUCCAUUGUGGCAUCAUGUAUCUGGUUUAUUCCCGAGUCACCACGGUGGCUGCUACUGCAGGAUCGCGUGGAUGAAGCACUGGACUCGCUCCAAAAGCUUCGUCGCCCAGGCCCGGAUAGUCCCACUCCGGAGGAAGAGCUCGCACGAUUGCAAGUUUCCCUCGCCGAAGAGCAGAAUCAGGGCACGUAUAUGGACUUAUUCCGCGGGAGUAAUCGGAAGCGCACUCUGAUUGCUAUCGGUAUGAACUUCUUCAUCCAAGCGACGGGUUCUCCGUUCACCGCGGCGUACGGCACGUUGUUUGUGCAGUCCCUUCAUUCAAUCAACCCGUUCAAGUACUCUCUCAUGAGCUCCUGCAUCAACACUUUGGCAUGCGUUACUGCUAUUUACCUCUCGGAUAAGGUCGGGCGGAGACCGCUACUCAUGCUUGGGUCCAUACUACAAGUGGCCUGGCUUUUUAUCUUGGGGGGAGUCGGGACGGUGGUAUCACCGACAGUGGCGCAGACUCAAGUCAUCGUGGCUGCUACCGCACUAUCGUCGGCUAGUCUAUGCUUUAGCUGGGAUCCACUGAACUACAUUGUCACGACUGAGCUUCCAGCUUCUCGGCUCCGUGACAAGACGCAACGUGUGGCGUCUAUGGUAAAUAUUUUGACAAAUUUUGUUUUCUCCUUUAGCACCCCGUAUCUUCUUAAUUCUCCCUACGGAAACCUCCAUUCUAAAGUCGGCUUCAUCUUCGGCAGCAUUGCAUGCUGCUCAUUUGUGUUCGCAUAUUUCUGUGUGCCUGAAAUGAAGGGGCGAUCCCUGGAGGAGAUCAAUAACAUGUUCCAAGCAGGAAUCCCUGUGCGUGAGUUUAGCAGCUACCCUGUCGCAAUUCUUGAGCCUCAGGAUGAUGAAAGGAAAGGGAACAAGUCGGGGCCAUAG